UUGUUCUGGGUGCUCUCUGAAUGCUGCCCUGGACUGCCCUCCCAUAAUCGGAGAGGCAGAGGAAUUCUUUGAAUCGAGAAGGGUGACGGGCUUCAAGCUGCACACGGCCGAUGUGGUGGAGUGGCGGUGCCGCGCCAAGCUGGCAGUGAGGGGGACAGCGGAGAGGCCGCUGGUGGGGCUGUAUGCAGCAAGGUCGCAUGAUGUGGUGGACAUACCCAUGUGUCGAGCCCACCAUCCCCGCCUAAAUGCUGCAGCAGCUGUCGUGCGGUCAGUGAUCAACGACAUGGGCAUCGAGCCUUAUGACGAAGAAACCGGCCAGGGCAUGCUGCGAUACAUUCAGCUUGCUCUCACCACCAACGACACAUCCAUUCCUGCUGCCGAGAGAUACCUCAAAGGCAAGGUUCAGCUGACUCUGGUGUGGAACAGCAGCAAUGAGAAGUCGCCACUUGCCGAGAAGUUGCCCGCACUAUGUCGGGAGCUGUGGCGGAGGGGGGGUGCAGAGGACAGAGUGCUUCACUCCGUGUGGGUCAACUUCCAGACGUCGUCAUCCAAUGUGAUAUUCGGUGGCAGGUGGCGGCACAUGAUUGGUCCAACGGACAUGUGGGAGCGGCUGGGAGGCGUUGAUGUUUGCUUCACCCCUGGAAGCUUUGGCCAGGCGAACUAUAAGGCCUUUGACGCCAUGCUGAAGCAUCUGCACUCGUUGAUUCCUCGCCGCUCCUCUGUGGUUGAGCUCUAUGCCGGUGCCGGGGCCAUAGGGCUCUCGCUUGCUGCCACCACGCAGUGCAAUGUGCGCUGCUAUGAGAUCAACGAAGCUGCACGUGCGCCCUUCACGCGCUCACUGGAGCGCCUGCAGCCUCUGCUGCGCCAUCCUGCUGCAGUUGCUUGGCACCAGGCGGAUGCUGAGGCACCCGUUGAGUCCCACCUGGACAUCCUGCUUGAUGCGGACGUGGUGCUGGUGGACCCCCCUCGCAGGGGCCUGCACGAGCCAGUGAUGGCGGCGCUGCUGCACGCUGCCCGAUAUGCCGGCAGGCUGUCCCAGCAGCACUCGGACAGCCAAGACAGCAGCAUCGCAAGGAGUGAGAGGAGAAGGGAUGGCAGCAGUGGCAGCAGUGGGGGGCGAGCAGCUAAUGGCUUGACUUUGGUGUACAUCAGCUGCGGAUGGGAUGCAUUCCAAAGGGACUGCGACAAGCUGACUCAAGACGGCCUCUUCCACCUCUCCCACGCCUCUGCCUUCAACUUUUUUCCCGGCACCAACAGCAUCGAGACUCUUGCUAUCUUUACAACGGCAAAGCCGCAUGCGUAGAAGGGUGUGCUGAACGGACGAAGCUGGGCACAUUGAUCUACUGUACCGUAACGCUACCAAUGAGAUUCCUUUUGCUUUGUGUGCGGGCAUGUAGUGUUUGUCAACAUAUAUUUAUGUAUUGUUAUAGGCUAGAUACGUGCAUGCUCAUAGAGAGUACAGCACCAUGACACAAAACCACCCUGUAUGCCCCAUUCUAG